AUGGCUAACGGUACUGACUGCGGUCGCGUCUCUACGCCUCCCCAGGGUGUGAACCAGCCUUGCGCUGCGGAUCAUGCUUAUCACAAGCAAACCCUAACUGCUGGCGAACGUGCCGGACUUUUAUCCUCACCUCAUAUCCAAAUCAAGCCCGAAUUGCAAGCUGUACUCGACUGGCUCCGAAACGCGCACAGCAGGGACUCGUUCGACAAGGACGCAGUCGACCGAGUCGAAUUCCCCCUCCCUGUCGACCAAUACGAACAAUUCAAGGAAUUGGAGGAAGUGAAUGGCUGUGACUUUGCUUACCGGAAACACGACUUCGAUCCCGAUGCAGAAAUCCUCGCCAUCAGAAUGCAAGGACUCAAACACGAACUCAUUGCCGAAGACGUGAAAGCCCUCCUGGGUCGUUUCAUCGCAGAGUCACAGAAACACGCCGAUCCUUCUGUUGCCGCAUUUGCCUCAUCCUUACGCGCUCUCGGCUCCUCUGAUUUGAAAUAUCCUUCCAUGAUUUGUGGUCACCCGAUCGUCCGUAAUCCCGAUUUCUCGUUUCGGAGCAAAGAAAACAUAGUAUUCCCAGUGGUGGUUGGUGAAGUCGCGAUCUCACAGUCAACCCAAGACCUACAGUCUAAGACCAAAGGGUAUAUCCAGGGUACUCUGGGUCGCAUCCGAACUGUCCUCUGCAUCGAUGUUGAUUAUCCGGGGAAGAAGGGCGCACGCUUCUCGGUCUGGAGGGCCAAAUUCGACAAGACUGGGAAGUUUCAAGGUGUGGAGUGCGAUGAUACUGUGGAGAUCCGCAGUAAAGACGGCGUGAAGAAUCCAGACGGCAAAGUCGGCCUCGUGUUGUCGCUCGAAGACUUCUGCCCUGCUAGAGGAGUCACUGAUAUUGCACCCCUCAAGUCAGUCACCAUGACUCUGUCUACCAACGAUCUGUACGAUAUCAUCGAGGCUGCUGAGGCAGAUCAGCAGCAGGCAAAGCAGGGAGAAGAGGCCGAGUUGAAGGCGGUGGUGGAGGAGUUCAAGGAUUUCAAGGCGCGCAAACACUGGCAGGCCCCCUGA